GUGCUUUGUCAUACCCGGUAGACAGUGUGAUGUAGCUAGCUGGCUAGUUGCUGCACAUUUCAGGUUAUGACAAAACACAGGUAAUAUUGGUAUUCUGAAGAUGGCUUCUUAUUUUGAUGAGCAUGACUGUGAACCAACGAAUCCCGAAGAACAGUACCGUCAGAAUGCACUACUAGAACUGGCCAGGUCUUUGAUGCAGGGCCUCGACAUUGACUCGGGAGCGUUUGACCUGUCGGACUGGGACCAGCGUCUUCCUCCCCCAGCUGCUAAAACAGCUGUCCAAACCUUACCUGUGGUUGUCAUAUCCCCAGAGCAAGCAGACAAAGGGCUGAAGUGUCCUGUGUGUCUGCUGGAGUUUGAGGAGCAGGAGACAGUGAGGGAGAUGCCCUGCAAACACCUCUUUCACUCUGGUUGUAUCCUGCCCUGGUUAGGGAAGACAAAUUCUUGCCCGCUAUGCCGUCUCGAGUUACCAACCGACAAUCCAGAGUAUGAAGAGUUCAAGAAGGACAAGGACCGGAGAAAACAGAGGGAAAACAGACUGGAAGAUCUGCAUGGAGCCAUGUACACAUAACAGCUCAGAGCACACUGCUUAUUGCUGAUUUCCCCUUUCUAGCGUUGGGUCGCAAUAAAAUUAAGAAUUGACCAAAGCUGCAAAUGAUAUUAUGUAGCUAUUAUGUUUUAUCGUAUGUACUGUAAAUAUGUCAGUUUUAAAUACAGUCAAUUGUACAAAGACUCAUUUUGUGAUUCAAAUUAUGGAUGAUCAUUAUACAAUGAAAGGAAUACUGAGACAGUUGAGUCUGAACUCUCUACAUUCACUGCCUUAACACAUCAUAGCAUUUCUUCCUUUUCCCCAAGAUGCAAUACAUUGACCAAAACAGAUGAUUAAAUGGCUUUUCAUGGCAUAUGUUUUGUUGGCCUCACAAUAUUUAUCAGACUUUAAAUUCAAUCUGUUUAUAGUGUUGCUUGCUUUGGCAUCAGCAUUAAAGGCCCAGUGCAGUCAA